AGCCUCCGCCGCUUAUCCUCGAUAUCCUCCCUCCAAUUCCCUCCCGCCACCGCCACCCCCCUUCCACCGCCGCCGCCGUCGCCGCCCAUCACUAUCGUCCUCCUUCGCGCCCUCCUUCCCGAAGCCCUGCGAGCCUCCGUCGUCCACCACCCGACCCCCCUAACCCCUCAACUCUUAUCCCUCUCUCUUAAGUCCGGCCUCUCCCCAGACCUCCACCUCGCCACCCAUCUCAUCGGCCGCCUCUCCCACUCCGGCCACCUCUCCGAGGCUCGUGCCCUACUCCUCCACACCCCCGCCGCCGACACCGCCGCCUGGAACGCCCUGAUCUCUGGAUGUGCCCGAAAUGACCGCGUCGAACUCGCGUUCCAACUUGUCAAAGAAUUGCCGCUCCACGGCCUCAAUCCCAACGCCUUCACCUUGAGUUCCCUCCUUAAGGCUGCCUCCUCCCAUGGAGAAAUUCUAGCCACAGAAGUGGUCCAUGGGGUCGCCGUCAAAAUGGGAUUUUUAUCAGCUGUUUACGUGAUCACCGGCUUGCUGGAUAACUAUUCGAAAGUAGGGGAAUUGGGCUUGGCUGAGAAAUGCUUCGAGGAAUGCCCUUUAUUUGAUUCGGGGGUGUGGACUGCUAUGGUUUCUGGGUAUGUGAAGAAUGGAAUGAUUGGAUCAGCUGUUGGAACCUUUAAGGAGAUGUUGGAUUUGGGAUUGAGUUUGAAUGAGUUUUGUCUUACGAGCGUUCUUGCUGCAUUGUCUGACGGUGAGUUUGAUGUAAAGCAGGGGAAGCAGAUUCACUGUUUGAGCAUAAAGGUAGGAUUUUUAUGUUGUGAUUUGAUGCCUUUGAGCAAUGCGCUUCUAAGCAUGUACUGUAGGUGUGGAACCAAGGCCGAUGGGCUUCGUGCUUUCUGGGAGAUUCAGGAACCUGAUGUGGUUUCUUGGAGCACGCUUAUCAGGGCUCUUGAUGGCGAAGAAGCUCUCGGAUUGUUUAAGUUCUUGUUGUCAAGAGAUGUGGAUGUAAAUGAGUUCACUCUGAUCAACGUACUGUCAGUUAUUGAUAAGCCGGAGCUGCUGAGAGGAGGGAAACAGAUCCAAGCUUGGUGCUUUAGAAAUGGGCUUGCAUCCAUUGUCUCUGUUGGCAAUGCGCUUGUUUCCAUGCAUGGAAAGUGUGGGCAGAUUGAUGAUGCGAAGCAAGUAUUUGAUGAAAUGGCCGAAAGAGAUAUAGUUUCAUGGAAUGCCUUGAUAGCUGCAUGUGUUGCCAAUUGCUUGCCUGAUAGAGUGCUAUGGCUGUUUUCUUGGAUGCAGCAUUCAUCUUUCAAACCCAAUAUUUCUACCUUGUCGAGCCUUUUUGAAGCUGCUUCAAGAUUUUCUACUUCCAAUCUAGCAGCACAAAUCCAUUCAUAUAUAAUCAAAUUGGGGCAUACAUUUGAUGAUCGCAUUGCCACCGCCUUGAUAGCAAUGUAUGGAAAGUGUGAUAGGAUUGAUGAGUCAAAACAAGUAUUUGAUGAGGUUGAUAGAAGAGUCUUGGUCCAUAUGAAUGCAAUGGCUUCCACUUUCGUUCAAGCUGGCCAUCAUGCAGAUGCAAUCAAACUGUUUAAGAGAACUAGGCAUAUGGGAAUGGAAGUGGACAAUGUUUCUCUCAGUGUAGUCGUUAAAGCUUAUUGUGCUCUGACAUCAAUAGAGCAAGGAAGGAACAUGCACUCUCUGGCUCUGAAAUUGGGUAUUGACAGAGAUAGUCUUGUCGGGAGUGGGUUGGUUGAUAUCUAUUGUAAAUGUGGAAGCUUAGGUGAAGCAAUAAAAGUUUUUGAGGAGCUUCCAAAGAGUAAUUUGGCUACAUGGAAUGCCAUGCUGACUGGGUAUGCACAGCACGGUUGCUAUGACAAGGUCAUCAGUCACUUUAAAAAGAUGGUGGAAGGAGGCAUAGACCCUGAUGAGAUUACAUUUUUGGGAGUGCUUUUUGCCAGCUGCCAUGGAGGCCAUGUUGAGGAAGCCUAUUACUACUUAAACUCCAUGAUCAAAGACCAUGGUGUAGUUCCAUCUUUAGAACACUAUGCCUGUGUUGUUGACUUGCUUGGUCGAGUAGGACAAUUAGAAGAAGCUAAAAGAAUUAUUGAUCAGAUGCCUCUCAGUUCGGAUGCUAGGAUGUGGCAAAUCUUUCUGACAGCUUGCAACAUUCAUGUCAAUGUGAAGCUUGGAGAGAUUGCAGCACAAGAACUACUGAAGCUUGAACCUGAUAAUGAUUCUGCCUAUGUGCUGCUUUCAAAUAUUUAUGCUAUGACUGGUAAAUGGGAUGAGGUUAGGGAAUUGAGGAGGGGAAUGAGGGAGAGAACAGUUUGGAAGGAACCAGGAUGUAGUUGGAUCGAAGUCAAAGGAAGCAUCCACUCAUUUUUGGCAAGCGAUCUAACCCAUCCCCAGGCUUCAGAAAUUUCUUUAAUGCUAGAAGAGUUGCACAAUGUAAUGAUGAUUACAAAAUCUGAGGCAGACGGAAAUUUGGUGCAGGCAGAAGACUUGGUAGCACUUGAUUAAAUGACUUGAAGUCAAAGAUAGCCUAAGGACACCAUCCAAAAUAAAGGGUGGUCAGCCGAGAACAUGAGGCAAUGUUGCUGAUAUGGAGAACUAGCACAGAUCUCGCACUGCAGCAUCCUUCACUAGUCUGUGAUGUUGUUACUAACCGCAAAAAAGUGAGGAAAUGACCACCACCUCAUGGGCUUCCUUAUCUCCUUCUACUAUUUGUGAUUUUAACUAAUGACUUAAACGAGGAGCUCAUUGUUGACUCUGGUGAAUUCUCCAAGGUUUAUGAGGUUAUUCUUAGAGACAGCACUUAGAGCUGCAGGGAUCUUGUGCUGGUCUGAGCACUGGCACAUUCUGCCCCUCCCUAGGGACUGCAAUGACAGUUUGCAAGUGACCCUGCUCUAAGUAAAUAGAGAGACAUCCUCGAGUAUAACUAUUACUAAGGGGAUUUCUCAUGCUUGUCAUCGAAAGCAGAGAAUUUGACAUUGAUGUCCGACAUUCUCCUAGCAGAGAGACAAUUUGAAUCUCCAACUUCAGUCUUGACCAGCCUGCCGCUGGGGAGACGCAUGUGAGCCUGUGGCCAUGGAUAGCAGUGCCCAGAAUAAUUAAUACUGCAGGGGCUCGGUGAUAUGUCUAUUAUGUGCUUGCUCUUUGAAAUGCUUCUUUGCAAAUGAGGCUGAUCGUCGAGCCAAUGCUCUUCACAGGGGCAUCUUCAUUUGUUGGAGUGGGUAUUGCCAUUAACAAAGGAUCAACUGAUCAAGAAAAUCAUCAAUUUGGAGUUCAGGGAAAGAGCAAAAAUGGAUUUCUUAUCAGGGUCUGGUGAGGUACUGUGAAGUUCUUACAGGAGUCUUCUGGUGAGAUGGCUCCGAAGUGCCCGCAGGAGUAUGGCAUCAAUGGGUGGAAUAUCUUCUGGAAGUGGUAAUAUGGGCUGUGUUUCGUUAAGAUGGAGUCAAGAGGGAACCAUGUUGCUGUAGUGAGGCAGGCAUCUUUACGGGGCAUAGAUAUCCACAAGAAAGAUGAUGUGGGUGAGAGGAAAGACGGAAUCUUGGUUGUAAUUGCAAGGAAGUUCUUCCCCUGCUCAAUUUCAAACGAAGUUGAGAGCAAAUAUUUGUUAGCUACUUAGCUGGCCUUUGUUUUUUCCCAUAGCAGAUCUCUUCAAGUGAUGACAGAAUCAAGAUGAAGCUAUCUAUUUUAGCAAUUAAGCUCAAAAUUUUUCAGAAAUUAAGACUGC